GGCCUCUCAACCGGACCUAACGGUUCCCGUGUGGGGGCCCCGACCGGAAGUGGGGCUCGGCUCGCGGGGAUCCCCCCUCCCCCCCACGUCGUCCCGCUUUACCUCAGGGAGGCAGCGGCUCCGGCCUUACGCGCCGCUAUGUCUGCCAGCGCCGUGUAUGUGCUGGACCUCAAGGGCAAGGUGCUCAUCUGCCGGAACUACCGUGGCGAUGUCGACAUGUCUGAAGUGGAGCAUUUCAUGCCGAUUCUAAUGGAAAAGGAAGAAGAGGGGACGUUGUCGCCCAUCUUGGCCCACGGAGGAGUUCGUUUUAUGUGGAUUAAGCAUAACAAUUUGUAUCUUGUUGCAACUUCUAAAAAGAAUGCCUGUGUAUCCCUGGUGUUUUCAUUUCUUUAUAAAGUGGUUCAGGUGUUUUCUGAAUAUUUCAAAGAGUUGGAAGAAGAGAGCAUUCGAGAUAACUUUGUUAUUAUUUAUGAAUUGUUAGAUGAACUCAUGGAUUUUGGGUAUCCUCAAACUACCGACAGCAAAAUUUUACAAGAAUACAUCACCCAAGAAGGCCACAAGCUGGAAACUGGGGCCCCUCGUCCACCUGCCACUGUGACCAAUGCCGUAUCUUGGAGAUCCGAAGGGAUAAAGUAUAGGAAAAAUGAGGUGUUUCUGGACGUCAUUGAGUCAGUCAACCUCCUGGUCAGUGCGAAUGGGAAUGUGUUGCGUAGUGAGAUAGUUGGAUCCAUUAAAAUGAGAGUAUUUCUCUCGGGAAUGCCAGAACUGCGUCUGGGGUUAAAUGACAAGGUUCUGUUUGACAAUACUGGGCGUGGGAAGAGCAAGUCUGUGGAAUUAGAAGAUGUGAAAUUUCAUCAGUGUGUCCGACUCUCUCGCUUCGAAAAUGAUCGAACAAUUUCUUUCAUUCCUCCUGAUGGAGAAUUUGAACUCAUGUCGUAUCGCCUCAACACCCACGUGAAACCAUUGAUUUGGAUUGAGUCGGUAAUUGAAAAACAUUCCCACAGCCGUAUAGAGUACAUGAUUAAGGCAAAGAGCCAGUUCAAACGCAGAUCGACUGCAAACAACGUGGAGAUUCACAUUCCAGUUCCCAACGACGCGGACUCCCCAAAGUUUAAAACAACAGUGGGGAGUGUGAAGUGGGUCCCAGAAAACAGCGAGAUUGUCUGGUCCAUUAAAUCCUUUCCAGGAGGUAAAGAGUACCUGAUGAGGGCUCACUUUGGACUUCCCAGCGUUGAAGCCGAGGAUAAAGAAGGAAAGCCUCCCAUUAGUGUCAAGUUUGAAAUUCCCUAUUUCACCACCUCUGGGAUCCAGGUUCGCUACUUAAAGAUCAUUGAGAAGAGUGGCUAUCAGGCUUUACCCUGGGUUCGAUACAUCACCCAGAACGGAGAUUAUCAACUUCGAACCCAAUGAGAAUCAUUCCCCCUCUGCCCCCCCCGGCUCCCUGCUCCCCAGCCAUCCUGGAUGACAGAAUCUUCAGGCCUAAAAUUGGUUUGUAAAAAUCUCUUGUGGAAAUGAAGGCUGUGAAAGUUGUCAUCAACAGUGACCGUUCAGCAAACUUGAAUGGAAGAAAAGAAACAUUUUAAGCAGAUAUUUGCCAUCUUCAGCAAACAGCCAAAAUUUUAUGUCUAACUAUUCUCUCAUCCUUCGUGCCCAUUGUUUGUCCAGGGAUUGCCGUUCAGUUAAGAAUAAGGCAUUUCCCACAAUAGAUUUGCUUGGGUAACUUUUUACCAAUUUGAAGAAUUGAUGUCAGGAUUAAAAAAUUGAGUUAAGUUGUGAUAUUAAGAUGUUAACUACCUUGUAACUGAAAGGAUGAUGCUAAAAUAGCUGCUAAAUGAGUCACCUUUUCACCUUGUAGUCUGCUAGAAUGAAGCACUGAAAGUUUUGGAAGCUUAUUGCUUAGUUGAAGCUGCCUGAAGAGAGAAUAUCAAAAAAACAAAGUACCCAUUUGAGUGUUUGUCAGUAGAGGUUUUUUUGUGAGGACUUCUAAGCUUUUGGGGGGCAACUGUAGUGAGACUUGUUUUAGGGGGGCGGAGAGGGACCCCUUGACAUAAUUUCCAGUUCAAACACUGCUCACUAGUAACGGGGCAUAUUGAACUGUUCCUCCUAAAACGAGGAGGGAACAUGGAUAUAUGUGUGAGGAAUGGAAUCCAUGUUUUUAGAGUUGAGGGAAAUGCAAUGCUAACACUAGACAAAACUAGCAAAACCUAAUGACCCUAGUGCGUAUUUUGCUCCAGCAGUAUGCUAGCAGGGGAGCGUGACCCCUCCUCCCCCCCAAUAUAUUACUGUUUAUUAAGCAGAAAUGAGGCUGUAAGGGGAUUUUAGUUAUUGUUUUUCAAAAAUAGAAAAACAGCGGUGUAUUACGGUGACCGCAUGGAGCCUUAUCCAAAAGGCCCAUUAGAAGCAUGGAAAAAGGUCCUGUUAGAGUGUCAGGGAUCACGUGAUUAUUUUAGUUCUUGUGGCUUCACUCUCCCUCCCUCAUAUUUCAAUAGGAAAUGCCCCAUUUAGUCAUGAGCAUACAGAAACAGUUACUGGUUGGCUGAUCAUUCCCGUAGUUCUCUGUUGGUGUGCCUUCAGGCUGGUAGCUUUGUUGACUUUUUUGAAGUACAUAUUGAAGUGGGGCUAUGACUGUGGCUUCAUUUUCCCUUAAGUGACUUGUGCCAUUCUGUUUUGUCUUAUACACCAGAGCAGUAUUUUUCAUGCUCUCUGCAGCUGAUGAAGGUGUUGAAGAUUGGCUUGUUGCCAUUUGUUGGUUUUUUGUUUUUGUUUUUUGUUUUGUUUUCCUCUAUAGUACCAGUAAAUUGACAGUACCUGGUGAUUCAGUCUACUGUCACCGAAUGGCCUCGGGAACACAGAAGGCUUUCAAAACAAAUUAAAUCUGAUUGUGAAAAAGAGGGGUUUUCAAGUACAGGCAGGCCUCCUCUCGAUGUACGGAAUAAGUGCAUUCUUCGAAAACUACCACAUGCCGAAACUCCUUAUGAUUAUUUGUUUACCUCCUGCCUUUCCAGGCCUAACCACCUCAGCGCAGAGCCCAGCCGAAGCUGUGGUUUUUCCACUGUUUUUGCUUCUAUCAUCUGAUGGGUGUAGCAAAAGGAUAAAGAGACACCCUCUUCUCGCCCCCCCCACCCCCACCUCCUUCGGAGAGUGAUGCUGAGGGGGUUGGGAACUGAAAGUAAGAGCAGAAUUGAGAUUUCCUUUUUUUUCCACACAGUCCCAUUGAAAGGGGCAGUGGAGUGUUGCAGAUCUGAGUAUUUUCCCCUCCUUCCACUUGGCAUCAAGAACUCUUCCCGAAAUGUGAAUCUGAGGUUUGAAUGUUGAAUUUGUUCCCUAACUAGCAUACCCCUCUAAAGUGAAGUUGUCUGGGGAGUCAAGGGGUGCCUGGACUUCAGUGAAGACUAUAAGUGAGAGCAGAGAGCAUGUUUGGUAUAAAUCCACAAAGUAUUGUGAGUGAUGGUUGCUAUGCUUGGUUUCUGGACAGUUAAAUCCAUCAGGCCAUAUAGCGUCCUUCUCAGUAUACCGUUAAACUGAUUUCGCAGCGACCUCCUCUUCUGAACAAACUGUUGGUCCACUUUUCAGAUCCUCUCUGAACAAAUAGAAUUGUUGCCAUUUUAUGUCUUAAUUGACCAUUUUCAACGGUGCAUUUGCCCAAGUUAGGAUGUAUAAGCAGCAGUGGCCAUGCCAUCGGAGAUGCACGGCCCCUCUCCCAAAGCCAAAUUUGAUCUCCUUUUGUUGUACAUUUGAAAUAAUCCUAUGUCAACCCACGCAUACUUCAUUUCCUUAAGCUUCCAAUAAAGUGUAAUCGGAAAUUUCA